CUGAUUUUUCUUUCAAUUUAUUUCUAAAAUGGACCUGAAAAUUUAACGCGGAAGUUUUAUGUUUUGUGUAAACCGAGUGUAAAACUUUUAGUGCACCGUCAAUAAUUAAAAAUCAAAUCAAUUGCAGUGUUCUAAACAGAUUGUGACCAAUAAUGGCUGAUGCCGACUGGAAAAAACGUGUUGGUAUCAAUAUCAAUUACUCAAGUUCCGGCGAAGAAGAUGAUGACCUUAGUAAAGUCGAGUUUCGAAAGAAGAAUACCUCACCGGAUUCAAUUACCUCAUUAGAUGUGGAAAACGGCUACGAGAAAUUAACAUCCACCGAAGAAUUGCUAACUAAAUUCGAACAGUAUGGCAGCACACCUCCUCGGACACGAAUUAAAAUUAAAAACCGCGACUGGGAGCGGAAGAAAGGAGAAAUCACAACAAAACAAACUCGUGGUACUACCCGAAUGGCUAGAUCACGAGCCAAUCGUCGAAAUACGAUGGAUUGUGCCAUCUUAAACGAAAUGUUCAUCGACGAUGAUAAUAGCAAAGCAAACGACAAGCGAUCCAGAAAUUUGUUACGAGAUUCAGAGCGUGAGGCUAAGCGCUCGUCUGUCCUAAAUCCACCGGGCCCCAUUGACUUAACCAAUCCUAUUACCUAUGAGGAACGUGCAGAAAGUAUGCCGAUGCCUCGACCUUUGACGAAGAACAUGUUGGCUAUUGUUCCGAAAUUGGUCGAAUCUUGUAAUCGAUAUAUGAGUGUAACAUCACGCCCGGUCGGUUGUCGUACGUCAGCUCCACCGAUUAGCUUCGGUUGCACGACAGACGAAGCCUUCGAUCGAAAAUUUCAAACUCGGCGCGAUUUCCACGAAACAUUUGCUAAUCUAAUUAAAUUGGGCAGCACCACCAGUGAUAAACAGGAAACAAAAAUGUCGCCAGAAGACCAUACAUGGCAGACGGAAUUGAAAGAUUUAAUUUGGCUGGAACUUCAGGCAUGGCAUGCGGACCGAUCGCUCGAUCAGCAGGAUAAAUAUUUGUAUACAGCCAGGCAGGGUGUGCCAGAGUUGUUGGAGAAAAUACAAAAUUAUAAAUUCCAUCCGAAAUAUAUACGCGAAGCGAGUGUCAUCAGUACGGACAGUGGCAAUGGAUCGGAUGGAAGUUCUCAAAGUCAAACGCCUGACGCAACAGAUAACAAAUCGACGAUCUGCCAAGAUUGUUACUCGCUCUACUGUAAAUAUUGUCAACAACAGCAAGUGAUAGCAUUACGUGAAGUCGAAGAACUGCUAACUCGCCUCGAAGCAGCUGAGUCAUUAUAUCCAUCGUCCCAAUCGAUGGCAUCCCAUCAUCCCAUUUAUCGCUGCGAAUCGUUUGUUGGCCGAGUCAAAGCCAUGUGUCUGUGGUACAAUAUCACCAAACACCAACAGUUAAAAUUGCUGAUGGUUGGAAAGUUGUUUAGAAAAUUGCAAGGGAAAGACUUUCAAUGGCCGACAUCCGUACAUAUUCACCCCAGUGACAGUAGCACGUCAUCGUCUGCACCGGACAAUGACGAUUCCGGAAGGGACUCUAUCGAUUCACGACAGUUGAAAAUACCAACAAUACCAAAGGUUAAAUUCAAUAUUGAAGGUGAUGGUCCCGGUUCGGAUAGUCCAAGUGACAGUGCCAGCAGCAAUGAAUCGUCCAAAGACAUAACAUCCCCCACUGAAAUGCAACAGGAAGAGUAUGAUUCAAACUCAACCUUUACGCGUUACAUGAACGACAUCAACUUUUUCGAAAGUUCAAAGACAAAAGGGUACACACUAUCCACAUCCCCUUACCGGAAGUACAUCGAACAUAUUUUAAAAUCUCGUGGCCUGGGCAAAUCGUUGGCGUUUUUGCAUCGUUUGUACAAUGUUGUGUUACGGAAAACGAUGAUCACAUUGGAAAAGCCGGGAACGGAAGACGUCGAAUUCGAUAUUGAAGCAUUUUCGGAAGAUUUGCCGCUAGCAGAGACACCCAUUGAUGCUGAACAGGUCGAAGAACUGAGACGGUAUGGAUCAUGGUCUCCGGAAUCACAGACGCUCAAUUUGCCAUCAUAUGCGCCAACGUUUGUGUUCCUAACGGUUAUCCCAUUGGAAAUUUUACAUGAAUACCUUCGAAUGCGGAUUGAAUCAAAGCCGUUGACACCGAAUCCACUCAGUUUAGAACAACUCAUGAAAGAAUUGAGAGAGGGACUCAUUCUGGCUAUGACUCAUCGCGAACGAUACAGCAAGCACAUUCACACCGCUUUAUAUGACAAAGACUCGGUGCUGGAAAAAUAUUUAGUAAUUUUGGACGAAUUUGAUGCGACGAUUCGAAAUGUUUUCAUGUUGUACCUGGACUAUGUUGAACAUUGGGUGUUGGAAGCGUCACCCGAAGCACAUCGAAAAGCAGCUUUACAUAAGGAAUGGAUGUUCUCGAAAUUGAUAUGCCCGAUGAUAUCUGGUCAGCAUUCAGUGACGGCACAUAAAUUUUGUUCCAUUGUCAGCAAACUGCUUGAACAAAUCGGUAAGCGAUUGAUCACGCGAGCCCAAGAGCUCGACGAGAAAAUCGAAGAUACGCCGAUCAGUUCAGCCGAUGAUGAGAAAAAGUGGCAAAUUUUAACCAUCUGUCGUGAGACCCAGUCUCUGUUUACGGUUGAACGGGAAAAGGCGCUCAAGAUUCUCUAUUUUGCAAAAACACUUUGCCGCGAUUUGGAAAUGUCCGAUUUUCAUCGAGAACACGAGGACUACGUUCACGGCACAACAACAAUUUGCAGUGAAGUGAAAGAGUCGGUGCGAAUGCUACAAGCUCAAGUGCUAUCUGUGCGCCAUAAACUAACUCAAAUCGUUGAACAUGUGCAAAUGCGUUGCGACAAUAAACAUCUGACUGACAUGGACGAACAGGAUCGCAUUGCCGUUCUGUCACGCAUCCGGGAAGUGUUGCAUCAGGGCUUUAAGUUCGGUUUCGAUUAUCACAAAGAAAUUAUUCGUUUGUUCGAAACGAAGGUCGUUGGGUGCAGGGACAAGACGUGCGAAUUUAAUUUGUCAAUGGGAAUCGUCCACUUUGCUAGAAUGUGGAUGCUAUUCGUGACGCAACGAUGCGAACGAGGCAGAGGCGUCAGACCCCGAUGGGCUGCUCAGGGCCUAGAUUUUCUAAUUGCUGCAUGUGAUCCCUCCAAUACAAAGCAUUUAAACGAACAAGAAUUUGACGAUCUGAAAUCGAAAAUGGAUGCGUGCAUCAGUCACGUUGUUGGUAUUGUACCAAAACCGGAAAUACGCAAACGAGCAUCACCUAGAUCCAGAAAAGUUUCACCACAAACCGGUAGAGCAUUGACACCGACCCGAACAUCACUAUCACCAAGACAUUUACCAACUGACGAUCAGAAAAUGUACCAGCACCAGUUCAGUGUUAAAGAAGAUCCUGUUGGUAUGUCACCGACUAGUGCACCGAAUACACCAACGCUGAUACGCAAACAAACAUCAUGCGAAGUGGAAACGUCUGGUGUUACAUUGAAAGUACCUAAACUCUACAGCUACAGUCCGGUUCUUCGGCAAAUUCGUGUCAGAGAUGCUGUGAAUCGAGUCGAUCUGGAGUUGGAUCGACAUUUGAGGGAUUUGAAUUUGAUCGGUCAAGUGAAGACGCUAAACAAUUCGGAUAAGAUUCACAUUCGGGCUAGAAGUGUGAACUUUCGAUGGCACCGUGGCAUUAAGAUUGGCCAAGGAAGAUUUGGUAAGGUGUACACUGCUGUUAAUAAUUCAACGGGUGAAUUGAUGGCCAUGAAAGAAAUUACGAUUCAACCGAACGAAACGCGAGCUAUCAAAAAUGUAGCUGAAGAACUGAAAAUAUUUGAAGGGAUCAGUCACAAGUACUUGGUCAAAUACUACGGUGUGGAAAUUCAUCGGGAAGAGCUUCUGAUUUUCAUGGAACUGUGCUCAGAGGGAACGUUGGAAAACUUGGUCGAAUUGUCGGGUGGACUGCACGAAGGUCUAACGCGGCGUUUUACGGUUCAAUUACUAUCCGCAGUUCACGAACUUCAUAAGCACGGCGUUGUUCAUCGUGACAUCAAAACCGCCAACAUAUUCUUAACGAACGAAGGCAAUUGCUUGAAAUUGGGCGAUUUUGGUUCGGCUGUUAAAAUUCAAGCCCACACAACAGUAGCUGGUGAACUGCAGGGAUAUGUCGGCACGCAAGCUUAUAUGGCGCCAGAAGUGUUCACCAAAACGAAUUCCGUUGGUCAUGGCCGAUCGGCGGACAUUUGGUCGGUUGGAUGUGUUGUGAUCGAAAUGGCAUCGGGAAAGAGACCCUGGUCGCAAUUCGAUUCAAAUUUUCAAAUUAUGUUUAAAGUUGGCAUGGGAGAGACACCGGAUGCUCCGCCAAGUCUGUCCCAAGAAGGGCACGAUUUUCUGGACCAUUGUUUACAGCACGAUCCAAAGAUACGUUGGAAUGCAUUGGAACUGCUUCAACAUAAUUUUUGCAAAGUAAUUCAAUGUGGAUCUUACUGUUGAUUGUGGGUGCGACUAUAAUGGAUUAGACGUUCGUCGAAAUAACAUACGUAAAUUGAGUAUUAAAAGUCAGAUGAAAUAACAAAAACCGAAAUUGUUGUGUACAUAAUCACAGAUAACCGUUUUUAUUUUCCUUUGAUUGCAUCGUAAUUCACCUCUUUGACUCAGGUUCAUGAAUCAGACUUUUUGUGUGAUUUUAUUGUGCGUUUAUCAAUUAAUUAUUAUUUCUUUUUUAACUUUAUUGUUUAUGAAAUGUAGAAUGCAGUUCAUGUGUGCUACGUAAACUAUUUCAAAUAUUAAUCGUAUGUUUUUGUGAUUUUGUUUUAAAAAUAUUUUAGACAACGAGUGGCCUAAUGUUAUAC